GCAAUCAGCGGGAAAGUUGGUGCUGCUCACAACGACAAUUCGUUUCUCUUUGCAUUUUGAUAUGCAAACACAAUGCCGAACAUCAUUCAUAUGAAAGAAUGUUAGACCUGGGACUGGAUCAGAAAUAUAGGCAUUUAUUCAAGAUCUGACGAUGCCAACCAAAUCACAGAAACGCUCGGCGACGAAAGGGGGCUUCCAAGUGAAUAUAGCCUCAUUUUUCUCCUCAAAGGUGGUGGGCUCAAGUUCCUACAAGAAGAGUUUGCCUGUUAAGACUGAGGAUUCCACUGGUGUCCUGGUGGAGAGCGAAAAUGUCCCACUUUCCCCUGAGUCCUUUGUUAUACCAGAGACACCUGAAAGCCUCAUCAAGCUUCACAAUCCCUCAGGUGUCCUCAAUGAUGUGACGCGCUCACCUGUCUCCCGUAGCCCUUCCUCCAGGGGCUCAGGUGUCAAGAGUAACCUCUUUACCAGGAUGCCCAUGCGGUCUCUGCAGAAUGAGAGUCCUAAAGCUAAAGACCACGACAACUCAAAGAGUGACUGCACUGGUGGGGGGUCUGUGAAAAGGCGAAUGUUCUCCCCUGAUGAACCCCAGAGAGCGAAGCGAGUCAGACCCAUGCCAGUGAAGAGACCCAGUCAAAGCCCACUGAAGGACCCCAACUCCUCUGCUGUUAACGGUCUAGAUGAUUAUCUUGAGGAGAUACGCUGCCCCAAAAGUACAAUUCCCAAAACCAAACCAGGACCAAAUACUAAGCAUGCUCCAAAGCUUCAUAAUGCAGGACAGAUUAUGUUUACGAAUGAUGGUAAAUUGGGACGCAAGUCUCUACACUCCAGGAGUGAGGAGAAGACACUGGAUGAAGAUAAGUUAUCCACAGAGUCGUCCAAAGCCAAUUCUUCUCGUUCCAACAGAAGUAAGGGUUUUGGUGAAAGCACUUUCACUGUAAUAUCAGAACCAAAACCCAUCAUGGACCAUAACAUUUCUAGAGGUCUCUCCAUCAACGAAGAGUUGGUUUGUUCAUUUGCAUGUAAUGUGCCUGAAGAAGCCAUGGAUAAAAUGGAGUCAACUGUCCUUCAUCCACCCAAAGGGGGACAUUUUUGUCAAGUAAAGGACAGAGACACAGAUGGGAAAGCAACUGUGGAUGAUAUUCAGGAGGAACUGGAUGAUAGUUGGUUUGAUGACAAGAUGGAGCCAAGCCACACUGAGCCCAAAGAGAAGCCAAUCCCAAAAUCUGAAAAAACAAAAGUUAUUCCGGACCAUGUCAUAUUGUCUACUGGGUUACACAAUCGGUACUGGGUACUGGACAUACAGGAACAAACCGGUCCUUUUGGUUAUCUGGAAAAACAUUUGACCAUAACAGCCUUCAAGACAUUGCAACCCACAGAGACCUGCAUCCUGAAAGAUGGCUGGGAGAGCGCACCUGUUGUGGUGGGUGACAUUGUUCACAUGGAGGGCGAGUGUGUCUCUGGGACGUGGGUGAUGGCCAGAGACUCAGGCUUCCUGGUCCUGCUGCCGGACGUGCUCAUAUCUGGCACCAGUAUUGCCAACAGCAUCCGCUGUAUGAGACGAGCUGUGCUGGGAGAGAUAUUUAAGGGUUUUGAUGGAGGAUCCAAACAGAUGCUGACUGGUACCAUAGUUCAUGAGAUCUUUCAGAAGGCAGCCAUGUCCAUGAACUUCUCUGAGGAGAGGUUGAAGAAGCUUGCUGAAGAUGCCCUUCUCAGUCCAAACUAUUUGGGUCAAAUCUACAGCCUUAGUCUUUCCCAGGAGGAUGUGAGGCAGGAUGUUGAGGAGUACUUACCAUCCCUUUCAGACUGGGCUAAACAUUACUUGGACUCCUCCUCACAGGCCGGUAACAAGCCGCUAACACUGAAACUACCCAGUGAUGGGACCCUGAGUAAACAGGACAGUGUAUGCACAGUGACUGUCACGGACUUCACUGACAUUGAGGAGAACCUCUGGUCCCCACGCUUCGGCCUGAAGGGGAAGAUCGAUGUAACAGCAAGCGUUCGCAUCCACAGGCGGGGUCGGAGGUCAAUAGAGCGAGUGGUCCCUCUGGAGCUGAAGACUGGCAAGGAGUCCAACUCCAUCGAACACCGCAGCCAGGUCAUCUUGUACACGCUAAUGAGCCAAGAGAGGCGCAGCGAUCCUGAGACUGGGUUCCUGCUCUACCUUAAAACUGGCAAC